AUGCAAAAACAUAACGAAAUGAUGCUGCAAGAGGAGGAUGAACACUCUUCGGAAGAAAGGAUGGAUGAUCUUGAAAUCGAAGAAGAAAAUUUUGAUGAACACUCUCCUAACAGCAAUAACAUGAAUUUUGGACAAGAAGCUUUUGAUGAGGAAGAACACAAUGAUGAUCAAUACCAUAAUAAUGAUGCGGAAGAACACAAUGAUGAUGAUCGAUUUAUGGAUGAGGCAGAAAUGAAUAGACUCAUCAGAGAAUAUCAUAAAAACAAAAAACAUCCACUCGAGCAUCAGCAGCCUCAAGAUGAAAAUGAAUUAUCGGAAUUUAAUGUCAUACACGCCACCAAUACUCAAAAUUUAAUAGAACAAAUUACCAGAAAUAAGAUUUUCAAUUCCGUAUAUUACAAGGAGGAAUGUUUUGGUCUCAAUGCCGCCACUUUAAUUGAUAAAGCCAUAGCAUUGGACUCGAUUGGAGGUACCUAUGGCGGACAUCGAAAGCCGAGUAAUUUUCUCUGUCUUCUCAUGAAAAUGCUUCAAAUUGAAGUUGAUAUGGAGUCAGCCAUUUCGUACAUUCAAAAUGAAGAAUUCAAGUACUUGACUGCUUUGGCAGCUCUGUAUAUUCGGCUUGUCGGAUCAGCACUAGACAUUUACCAAAAUUUGGAACCCUUAUAUGCCGAUUUUAGAAAAUUGAAAUUGAGAAAUAUUGACGGUUCUUGUAAAAUCAUUCACAUGGACGAAUAUGUGGAAAUAUUAUUGAAUGAGGAUUCUUUUUGUGACAUAAAAUUGCCCUUCCUUGUGAAGAGGACUGUUUUGGAAAGGAGAGGCAAAUUAGAUCCAUAUGUAUCAUCAUUGGAGUUGAAUGAAGAUCUGAAAGCAUUGCUUGAACAAAAACUGGGGGUGACUUCUGCAAAGAAUGAAAGUAUUCCACAACAACAUGAAGGAGUGACCACAAGGAUACCUGAAUCCUCAACAGCAACCACAACGAAGGAAAAGAAAUCAGGAGGCUUCAAACUCAAACUGAAAAAGCCUCCAAAAGACGGAAAAACCAGUGACGAAACGAGCUCUUCUCGUCAGCAAGGCAACAAUGAUCAGGUGCAGGAGGUUCUUUCUGUUGAGGCUACAAAUGAAUUACGAAAAUCAUUGGGAAUGCCGCUGUUAAAAUAG